AAACACGAAAGAAGAAGAAGUAGCGAAUGUUGUGUUCGAAGAAGAACAUUUUCCAGGACAGAACUGUAGUUAAAGGAUUGUUUCUUGUGUUUAUGUAAUUACGUCGGAACCCUGUCAUUGUCUGUUGCGAACACAAACGUCGGAAAUUAUGACAAAUUGAGGAAAUCGUCUCUCGACUUAACAUCACGAAAUUCCUGCGGAUAAGGUGAAUACGUUUAUAGUGCUCGUUCAGUGCGUGGAGAGAAUGCUUAACAUUUCGAGCCAGAUGUCAGCUCAGAUGCAAUUUUCCCUUGUAGAUGAAGGAGGUUUGGCUCUUCAAACUGGACUGACUUCUGCUUAUUCUUCAAAGUAUUCAGAUGGUCAGUGGAUGGAAAAAAGACAGGAAAAUGAUAAGGCACAAGAACCCAUUGUCACAACACGAAAUGAGGACAAUGAUGUAAAUGCAAAGCUGGUGAAAACUAAGAAUUAUAAUGGAAGCAAAAGAGUUCAUCAAUGCCCUAUGUGCCUUAAACGAUUUUGUGCACCAUCUAAACUAAAAAGGCAUUGUCUUAUUCACACAAAUCAGAGGCCAUUUCAGUGUUCCAUAUGCUGCCGUGCCUUCAGAGAACGCUCUCAUCUAAAAGUACACAUCAGAACUCACACCAAUCCUGAGAAGAGGACACGAUCACUCCACAGGUAUAAGGAAAACAGCGUGACAUGUAAUCUAGCAUCUAAGUCAAAGUUAAAACCCUCUUCAAAACAAUCAACUGGUCAAGACGAUACAAAAUCAACAGAUAAAGAAAUGUCAACAGUGCACCAAGACCAAUAUAUGGUUACAGAGAAUAUGGUGUCUCAAAAAAUAAUUGGUGACUGCAAUGAUUCAUGUUUACAUUUGCCAGAUUCUUUUCUAAAUGAAGGAGGUUGGGAUUGUCACACUGGAUGGAGUUCUGCAUAUUUUUCCAAACCUUCAGAAGGCCAGUGGAUGGAGGAAAACCAAAAAACUGAGGAGCAACAAGAAGCCAACCUCACAACACAAAAUAAGGACAAUGAUGUACAUUCAAAAGUGUGGCAAAGUAAGAAAUCUGUUGGAAGCAAAAGAGUUUAUUAUUGCCCUGUGUGCCGUAAACGGUUUGGUGCUCCAUCUGAACUUAAAAGGCAUUGUCUUAUUCACACAAAUCAAAGGCCAUUUCAGUGUCCCAUAUGCUGCCGUGCCUUCAGAGAACGCUCUCAUCUAAGAGUACACUUUUCAACUCACAAUAUCCGUGAAAAGCGAAGCGCACCAUCAAUCCAGAGCUAUAGAGUCAAUAGUGUGCCCUGUAAUCAAGCGUCCAAAUCAAGGUUAAAAUCCUCUCCAAAUCAAACAACUGCCCAAGAUGAUACAAAGUCAACGGAUAAAGAAAAGUCAACGGAGCACCAAGAUGAAAAAAUGUUUAUAAAGAAUAUGGCUUCUCAAAUUAUUAGUUGUGACUGUAGUGAAUCAGAUGCAUGCGUGCAAGACUCCUUUCUAAAUAAAAAAGGUUGGGUUCGUCACACUGGGCUGAGUUCUGUAUAUUUAUCCAAACCUUCAGAAGGCCAGUGGAUGGAGGAAAUACAAGAAUCUGAGAUGAAACAAGAAUCCAGUGUCUCAACACAAAGUGAGGAUGAUGUAAAUAUUAAGGUGUUGCAAAGUAAGAAAUCUGAUGGAAACAAAAGAGUUUAUGAUUGCCCUGUGUGCCGUAAACGGUUUGGUGCUCCAUCCGAACUUAAAAGACAUUGUCUUAUUCACACAAAUCAAAGGCCAUUUCAGUGUCCCAUAUGCUGCCGUGCCUUCAGAGAACGCUCUCAUCUAAAAGUACACAUCAGAACUCAUGAUGUCCCUGUGAAGCGGAGAACACCAUCACUCCAGAGCUACAGAGACAACAUAGUGUCCUGUAGUCAGGCUUCAAAGUCACAACCCUCUCCAAAAUUUCUAACUGCCCACAAUGAUACCUCUUCAACAAAUAAACAAAAGUCAACCGUGCAGCAAGAUCAAAAUGUGCUUCCAGAGGAUAUGCUGUCUCAAAAAAUAUGUGGUGACUGCAAUGAUUCAGGUGUACAUUUUCCAGAUUCUCUUUUAAUUGAAGGAGGUUGGGAUUGUCGCACUGGAUUGAGUUCUGCAUAUUCUUCCAAACCUUCAGAGAGCCAGUGGAUGGAGGAGAUCCAAGAAUCUGAGGAGGAACGAGAAGCCAACCUCACAACACAAAAUGAGGACAAGGAUGUAAAUGAAAAACUGUUGCAAAGAAAGAAUUCAAAUGUAAGCAAAAGAGUUUAUGAUUGCCCUGUGUGCCAUAAACGGUUUGGUGCUCCAUCCGAACUAAAAAGACAUUGUCUUAUUCACACAAAUCAAAGGCCAUUUCAGUGUUCCAUAUGCUGCCGUGCCUUCAGAGAACGCUCUCAUCUAAAAGUACACAUCAGAACUCACACCAACCCUGUGAAGCGGAGAACACCAUCACUCCAGAGCUACAGAGACAACAUAGUGUCCUGUAAUCGACCAUCAAAGUCACAACCCUCUCCAAAAUUUCUAACUGCCCACAAUGAUACCACUUCAAAAAAUAAACAAAAGUCAACCGUGCAGGAAGAUCAAAAUGUGCUUACAGAGGAUAUGCUGUCUAAAAAAAUAUGUGGUGACUACAAUGAUUCAGGUGUACAUUUUCCAGAUACUCUUUUAAUUGAAGGAGGUUGGGAUCGUCACACUGGACAGAGUUCUGCAUAUUCUUCCAAACCUUCAGAGAGCCAGUGGAUGGAGGAAAACCAAGAAUCUCAGGAGGAACGAGAAGCUAGUGUCACAACACAAAAUGAGGACAAGGAUGUAAAUGAAAAAGUGUUGCAAAGAAAUAAUUCUAACGUAAACAAAAGAGUUUAUGAUUGCCCUGUGUGCCAUAAAAAGUUUGAUGCUCCAUCCGAACUAAAAAGACAUUGUCUUAUUCACACAAAUCAGAGGCCAUUUCAGUGUUCCAUAUGCUGCCGUGCCUUCAGAGAACGCUCUCAACUAAAAGUACACAUCAGAACUCACACCAACCCUGUGAAGAGGAGGACACGAUCACUCCAGAGCUAUAAGAACAACAGCGUGACCUGUUACCAAACAUCCAAGUCAAGGUUAAAACCCUGUCCUAAAUAUCUAACUGUCCAAAACAUCGCUAGUUCAGCAGAAAAACAACAGUCAGCAUCUCACCAAGACGACAAUAGGGUUACAGAGAUUGUGGCAUGUCAAAUUAUUAGUGGUGACUGCAGUGAAUCAGAUGGAUAUUUGGAGGACUCCCUUCUAAAUAAAGAAGGUUUGGAUCUUCACACUGGAUUGAGUUCUGCAUAUUCUCCUAAACCUCCAGAGAGCCAGUGGAUGGAGGAAAUCCAAGAAUCUGAGGAGAAACAAGAAGCCAGUGUAACAACACAAAAUGAGGACAAUGGUGCAAAUUCAAAAGUGUGGCAAAGUAAGAAUUGUAAUAGAAGCAAAAGAGUUUAUUAUUGCCCUGUGUGCCGUAAACAGUUUGGUGCUCCAUCUGAACUUAAAAGUCAUUGUCUUAUUCACACAAAUCAAAGGCCAUUUCAGUGUUCCAUAUGCUGCCGUGCCUUCAGAGAACGCUCUCAUCUAAAAGUACACUUUUCAACUCACAAAAUCCGUGAGAAGCGAAGAGCACCAUCAAUCCAGAGCUAUAGAGUCAAUAGUGUGCCCUGUAAUCAAGCGUCCAAAUCAAGGUUAAAAUCCUCUCCAAAACAAACAACUGCCCAAAAUGAUACAAAGUCAACAGAUAAAGAAAAGUCAACAGAGCACCAAGAUGAAAAAAUGGUUAUAGAGAAUAUGGCUUCUCAAAUUAUUAGUUGUGACUGUAGUGAAUCAGAUGCAUGUUUGCUAGAUUCCCUUCUAAAUAAAAAAGGUUGGGAUUGUCACACAGGGCUGAGUUCUCUAUAUUUUUCCAAACCUUCAGAAGGCCAGUGGAUGGAGGAAAUACAAGAAUCUGAGAUGAAACAAGAAUCCAGUGUCUCAACACAAAGUGAGGACGAUGUAAAUGUGAAGGUGUUGCAAAGUAAGAAAUCUGAUGGAAACAAAAGAGUUUAUGAUUGCCCUGUGUGCCAUAAACGGUUUGGUGCUCCAUCCGAACUAAAAAGACAUUGUCUUAUUCACACAAAUCAGAGGCCAAUUCAGUGUCCCAUAUGCUGCCGUGCCUUCAGAGAACGCUCUCAUCUAAAAGUGCACAUCAGAACUCACACCAACCCUGUGAAGAGGAGGACACGAUCACUCCAGGGCUAUAAGGACAACAGCGUACCGUGUUAUCAAACAUCCAAGUCAAGGUUUAAACCCUGUCCAAAAUAUCUAACUAUCCAAAACAACACUAGUUCAACAGAAAAACAACAGUCAGCAUCUCACCAAGAUGACAAUAGGGUUACAGAGAUUGUGGCAUGUCAAAUUAUUAGUGGUGACUACAGUGAAUCAGAUGGAUAUUUGGAAGAAUCCCUUCUAAAUAAAGAAGGUUUGGAUCUUCACACUGGACAGAGUUCUGCAUAUUCUCUUAAACCUUCAGAGAGCCAGUGGAUGGAGGAAAUCCAAAAAUCUGAGGAGGAACAAGAAGCCAGUGUCACAACACAAAAUGAGGAAAAUGGUGUAAAUUCAAAAGUGUGGCAAAGUAAGAAUUGUAAUAGAAGCAAAAUAGUUUAUGAUUGCCCUGUGUGCCAUAAACGGUUUGGUGCUCCAUCCGAAUUAAAAAGACAUUGUUUUAUUCACACAAAUCAGAGGCCAUUUCAGUGUCCCAUAUGCUGCCGUGCCUUCAGAGAACGCUCUCAUCUAAAAGUACACAUCAGAACUCAUGAUGUCCCUGUGAAGCGGAGAACACCAUCACUCCAGAGCUACAGAGACAACAUAGUGUCCUGUAAUCAGGCUUCAAAGUCAAAACCCUCUCCAAAAUUUCUAACUGCCCACAAUGAUACCACUUCAAAAAAUAAACAAAAGUCAACCGUGCAGGAAGAUCAAAAUGUGCUUCCAGAGGAUAUGCUGUCUCAAAAAAUAUGUGGUGACUACAAUGAUUCAGGUGUACAUUUUCCAGAUACUCUUUUAAUUGAAGGAGGUUGGGAUCAUCACACUGGACAGAGUUCUGCAUAUUCUUCCAAACCUUCAGAGAGCCAGUGGAUGGAGGAAAACCAAGAAUCUCAGGAGGAACGAGAAGCUUGUGUCACAACACAAAAUGAGGACAAGGAUGUAAAUGAAAAAGUGUUGCAAAGAAAUAAUUCUAACGUAAACAAAAGAGUUUAUGAUUGCCCUGUGUGCCAUAAAAAGUUUGAUGCUCCAUCCGAACUAAAAAGACAUUGUCUUAUUCACACAAAUCAGAGGCCAUUUCAGUGUCCCAUAUGCUGCCGUGCCUUCAGAGAACGCUCUCAUCUAAAAGUACACAUCAGAACUCACACCAACCCUGUGAAGAGGAGGACACAAUCACUCCAGAGCUAUAAGAACAACAGCGUGACCUGUUACCAAACAUCCAAGUCAAGGUUAAAACCCUGUCCAAAAUAUCUAACUGUCCAAAACAACACUAGUUCAACAGAUAAACAACAGUCAGCAUCUCACCAAGACGACAAUAGGGUUACAGAGAUUGUGGCAUGUCAAAUUAUUAGUGGUGACUGCAGUGAAUCAGAUGGAUAUUUGGAAGACUCCCUUCUAAAUAAAGAAGGUUUGGAUCUUCACACUGGAUUGAGUUCUGCAUAUUCUCCUAAACCUCCAGAGAGCCAGUGGAUGGAGGAAAUCCAAGAAUCUGAGGAGAAACAAGAAGCCAGUGUAACAACACAAAAUGAGGACAAUGGUGCAAAUUCAAAAGUGUGGCAAAGUAAGAAUUGUAAUAGAAGCAAAAGAGUUUAUUAUUGCCCUGUGUGCAGUAAACAGUUUGGUGCUCCAUCUGAACUUAAAAGGCAUUGUCUUAUUCACACAAAUCAAAGGCCAUUUCAGUGUCCCAUAUGCUGCCGUGCCUUCAGAGAACGCUCUCAUCUAAAAGUACACUUUUCAACUCACAAUAUCCGUGAGAAGCGAAGAGCACCAUCAAUCCAGAGCUAUAGAGUCAAUAGUGUGCCCUGUAAUCAAGCGUCAAAAUCAAGGUUAAAAUCCUCUCCAAAACAAACAACUGCCCAAGAUGAUACCAAGUCAACAGAUAGAGAAAAGUCAACGGAGCACCAAGAUGAAAAAAUGGUUAUAGAGAAUAUGGCUUCUCAAAUUAUUAGUUGUGACUGUAGUGAAUCAGAUGCAUGUUUGCUAGAUUCCCUUCUAAAUAAAAAAGGUUGGGAUUGUCACACAGGGCUGAGUUCUCUAUAUUUUUCCAAACCUUCAGAAGGCCAGUGGAUGGAGGAAAUACAAGAAUCUGAGAUGAAACAAGAAUCCAGUUUCUCAACACAAAGUGAGGACGAUGUAAAUGUGAAGGUGUUGCAAAGUAAGAAAUCUGAUGGAAACAAAAUAGUUUAUGAUUGCCCUGUGUGCCAUAAACGGUUUGGUGCUCCAUCCGAACUAAAAAGACAUUGUCUUAUUCACACAAAUCAGAGGCCAAUUCAGUGUCCCAUAUGCUGCCGUGCCUUCAGAGAACGCUCUCAUCUAAAAGUACACAUCAGAACUCACACCAACCCUGUGAAGAGGACAACACGAUCACUCCAGAGCUAUAAGGACAACAGCGUGACCUGUUUUCUAGCAUCUAAGUCAAAGAUAAAACCCUCUCCAAAAUAUCUAACUGUCCAAAACAACGCUAGUUCAGCAGAAAAACAACAGUCAGCAUCUCACCAAGACGACAAUAGGGUUACAGAGAUUGUGGCAUGUCAAAUUAUUAGUGGUGACUGCAGUGAAUCAGAUGGAUAUUUGGAAGACUCCCUUCUAAAUAAAGAAGGUUUGGAUCUUCACACUGUAUUGAGUUCUGCAUAUUCUCCUAAACCUCCAGAGAGCCAGUGGAUGGAGGAAAUCCAAGAAUCUGAGGAGGAACAAGAAGCCAGUGUCACAACACAAAAUGAGGACAAUGGUGCAAAUUCAAAAGUGUGGCAAAGUAAGAAUUGUAAUAGAAGCAAAAGAGUUUAUGAUUGCCCUGUGUGCCGUAAACGGUUUGGUGCUCCAUCUGAACUUAAAAGGCAUUGUCUUAUUCACACAAAUCAAAGGCCAUUUCAGUGUCCCAUAUGCUGCCGUGCCUUCAGAGAACGCUCUCAUCUAAAAGUACACUUUUCAACUCACAAUAUCCGUGAGAACCGAAGAGCACCAUCAAUCCAGAGCUAUAGAGUCAAUAGUGUGCCCUGUAAUCAAGCGUCAAAAUCAAGGUUAAAAUCCUCUCCAAAUCAAACAACUGCCCAAGAUGAUACAAAGUCAACAGAUAAAGAAAAGUCAACAGAGCACCAAGAUGAAAAAAUGUUUAUAGAGAAUAUGGCAUCUCAAAUUAUUAGCUGUGACUGUAGUGAAUCAGAUGCAUGCGUGCAAGACUCCUUUCUAAAUAAAAAAGGUUGGGAUCGUCACACAGGGCUGAGUUCUCUAUAUUUUUCCAAACCCUCAGAAGGCCAGUGGAUGGAGGAAAUACAAGAAUCUGAGAUGAAACAAGAAUCCAGUGUCUCAACACAAAGUGAGGACGAUGUAAAUGUGAAGGUGUUGCAAAGUAAGAAAUCUGAUGGAAACAAAAGAGUUUAUGAUUGCCCUGUGUGCCGUAAACGGUUUGGUGCUCCAUCCGAACUAAAGAGACAUUGUCUUAUUCACACAAAUCAGAGGCCAUUUCAGUGUCCCAUAUGCUGCCGUGCCUUCAGAGAACGCUCUCAUCUAAAAGUACACAUCAGAGCUCACACCAACCCUGUGAAGAGGACACCAUCACUCCACACCUACAAAGACAACAUAGUGUCCUGUAAUCGAGCAGCUAAGUCAAAGUUAAAACCCUCUCCAAAAUGUCUAACUGCACACAAUGAUACCACUUCAACAAAUAAACAAAAGUCAACCGUGCAGCAAGAUCAAAAUGUGCUUACAGAGGACAUACUGUCUCAAAAAAUAUGUGGUGACUACAAUGAUUCAUGUGUUUAUUUGUCAAAAAGUACUAGCCCUUUAGAGAAUGUUGAGAAUAACAAAUCAGUUUUGGCUCUGAUGCAUAAAACUGACAUCUUGCUUGAUGGGAAAAAGGCAUCUGACAUUGUGCCUUUUGGCAGGGUGAGUGACUGUCCACCCAAAACUGACUCAUCUCUCCGUCAUUGUGCUCCCGAAUCAAGAACUGAGGAAAAAUGGGAACUUUACAUGGACGAUGUUGAAGAUUUCUUUGUGGACUCUGACACUGUUGUCACACAGUGUGUCCCUGGUUCUCACAAGUCCAGUUCUUGUCAGUAUCAACAGAAUCCUGAUGUUCCCAGAAUCCCAGAAGUUGUUGUGGAGCUUGAGGACUUUGAGGAUCCAGGUGAUUGCUUUAUCAAAACUCCUCAUGACAUCCCCUUUUGUCGUGACUGUAGUCGGAGUUUCCGCACGGUUAGGAACUUGUAUGCACAUAAUUGUACAAACGGAUAUCCUGAAGGUGAAGUGAAGAAAUCCCACCAGUGUGACAUUUGCUUCAAAUUCUUCAGCACACCAUCCAAAUUGAAGAGUCACUAUGUUACUCACACGGGUCAGAGGCCUUUCCUAUGCACACAGUGUCAGAAGUCCUACACACAGCCCCAUCAUCUAAAAACACACAUGCUGUCCCACAGGUAGAAUGGUUACUCAAGGGUUGUCCAAAGAUAUGACCAAACCAAAAGGGUUUUCAAUUGUAUUUCAUUUGUGUGUUAUAAAGUUUUAUGCAGAAUGUUUGGCUUUCAAAGUGACCCAAUAUGGAUUUUUGAAAAUUACCUUUCAUGCAGUCUGUAACACAGCUUUAAAUGAUUAAAAAGACUCUGCAGUUUUAAAUCUGAAAGUGCAUUGUGUAUAAAGUUAUUGUCUCUCAAAAGAAAAUGUCAACUCUGAAUCAUUGAAACUGUCCUUUUAAAAACGAAUCCCAAGCCAUUUCAUGAACAUUAGAAUAUUGCCCGCACACUUGUUGGCUUUUGGCGUUUCUGAAUGAAGAUGCAAAUUCGUUCUCUUCCACUAGGUGCGCUUUUGGGGCGGUAAAAUAGCUUUUCCCCUGGUAACGCUGUACACAAAGCAGAACUGCGCUCACAAACACUGCUUUAUCAGGCAUUACAGGCAAGAGGAAAUCGACCAAUCACCGCAGAUAAGCGUCACGCAAAGGAGGGGUUUGGAAAAAUCAAUCGUUGAGCAAAUAAGAUAUAAAUAAAUGCAAAUUAUAGCAUUUAAAUUUAUUCAUUAGCAGACGCUUUUAUCCAAAGCGACUUACAGUACAUUCAGGCUAUACAUUUCACCAGUAUGUUCUCUGGGAAUCGAGCCCAUGACCUUUUGCGCUGCUAACGCAAUGCUCUACUACUAAGCCACAGGAACACAUUAUAAGACUAUGAAAGUGUUUUUUGAGCUUGCAUGCAUGUCAACCUG